UCAGCAGCGCCCAAAAUCUCCCUGCUUCUGGUUUUGGCGUCCACACAGAGAGAGAGAAUCAUGGGUUCUGAGACUUUUGUGGAGAUCAUACUGGCAAUUCUUCUACCACCUGUUGGAGUUUUCCUUCGCUAUGGCUGUGGGGUAGAGUUCUGGAUCUGUUUGUUGCUGACCAUAUUGGGAUACAUACCUGGAAUCAUAUAUGCAAUAUAUGUGCUAGUUGGAUAGAGCUUUUUUUUUUUUUGUUUCAUGUCUUUUUUCUUGGGGAGAAGACAAGAAAGUGUAGUUUUGUGGAUGUUUCUUUGCAAUUUUUAGCUUGUACAAAGUUGUUGGAAUAUAAUCAAAUGUUGAGAAGAAGUGAUCCCAUCUUCUGUGUUUGUGGUU